AUGGACAAAUUUACCUACCUGCGGUCAUCGCUCAGUGGUGAGGCUCUCCAGGAGAUAAAUUCCGUACAAAUGUCCGACGUUAACUACGUAAUUGCUUGGGAGAUGUUGGAAAAGCGAUAUGAAAACAAAAAAUUAAUAGUAAAGGCUCAUCUCGAUUCGCUGUUUUCUAUCGAACCAAUACGUCGGGAAGGAUAUGAGCCGCUGAGUCGUCUAAUUGGUGACUUCGACAAACAUCUUCUCAUGCUAGAUAAGUUUCAUGAGCCAGGCUGCAUUGAUCUAAUAAUUGGUGCAGUGCAUUAUCUGGAUCUGCUAACAGACGGUCGGCAGAAAAUUGCAGAUGAAGGACCUUCACUGCAAAAUACAGUAUUCGGGUGGAUAGUGUCAGGUCGCAUAGUCGAUCAUGCAGCGACAGUAACACAAGCUGCAACAUAUUCCUGCACUCAUGCGAGCCUGGACGAGCAGUUGGCAAAGUUCUGGGAAUUAGAAAACUGUCAUACUAGUAGCACUCAGUCCGUUGAGGAGACAGCCUUUGAAGCAUUCUUUGAUCAAACCACCGUUCGUGAUGACCAAGGCAGAUUUGUUGUCACAUUGCCGAAAAGAGACUACCUCAUAAGGCAGCUUGGAGAAUCAGAAGGAACGGCAAUUAGGAGAUUCUUGGGCUUGGAGAGAAGGUUUCAACAGAAUUCGGAGCUGAAGGUUUCGUAUGCGGAUUUCAUCAGGGAGUAUGUGCAGCUGGGCAACAUGGUGCAAGUUCCAGUGUCAACGUCGGAGGACACUACAACCCUACCAGUAUGCUAUCUUCCUCAUCACGCUGUCUUCAAACUAGAUAGCACCACAACUAAGCUAAGCGUUGUGUUUGAUGCUUCGUGUAAAACUAGCAGUGGAGUAUCACUAAACGAUGCGUUAAUAGUAGGCCCUGUCAUACAGGAUGAUCUUAUCUCCAUCACGCUUCGAUUUCGUCUGUUGAGUGUGGCCAUAGUAGCGGACGUGGAAAAAAUGUAA